AUGGCGAGCGACAGCAAGCUCGAGGUCAAGCGCGUGGCCGUCAUCGGUGCAGGCGCAUGCGGUCUGGCGGCCGCCAAAUACCUGCAAGCCGAAAAGGCAUUCUCAAAAAUCGAAGUCUUUGACCAGCGUGCGUCCGUUGGUGGCCUGUGGAACUACACGCCGCUGCACGUCGUCGACAGCGGCUUUGCCAUUCCGCACACCAAGCCAUCCGGCCGGCCAGACACGCUGGUGCACGAUAAUAAUGACAAUAACAAUGACGCCGACGCCGAUGCAGCGCCCCUUGUCGUCGUCUCGCCCGUCUACGACCAGCUGGAGACCAACAUCCCGCACACGCUCAUGAACUACAGCGACCAGCCCUUUCCGCAAGGCACCGCCUUGUUCCCGCCGCACGCCGUCGUCCGGCAGUAUCUACACAAAGCUGCUGAGAGCGUCGCUCCACUGCUGACGCUCGCCACACAGGUGCUGGAUGUGCGCCGGCGGGAAGCCGAUGCAGAUGGGGGCCGUCGGGCCGUCUGGGACGUCGAGGUCCAGCAUGUGCCCAGCGGCACAAGACGAACCGUCGAGUUUGACGCUGUCGUGGUGGCCAAUGGCCACUACAACGACCCGUUUGUGCCCGACAUUCGCGGGCUGGCCGCCUUCAACGAGGCCCAUCCGGGCGUCGUGACGCACUCCAAGUUCUACCGGCGGCCGGAUCCGUUUGCGGGCAAAAAGGUCCUUGUGGUGGGCAACUCGGCGUCGGGCAUCGACCUGAGCGCACAGAUUGCCACCGUGGCCCGCUCGCCCGUUCUCAUCUCCGAGAAAGAACGACCCAACCCGAGCACGCCCAGCACGCCCGCCCUCGCGCCCGCAGACGGCGCUCCGCCCCCCACGCACAACGUCCCCGAGAUUGUCGAGUUCCAGCCCGCCCGGCGCGCUGUCCGCUUUGCCGACGGUGUCGUCGAGACCGACAUCGAUGCCGUCGUCUUUUGCACCGGCUACUUUUACUCGUUUCCCUUCCUCCACAGCCUGGCGCCGCCGGUAACGGUGGCGGACGGCUCGCACGUCCCCGAUCUUUACGAACACGUCCUCGCUCUCCACCACCCGACGCUCGCCUUCCUGGGCAUUCCGCAGCGCAUCGUGCCGUUUCCCGUCGCCGAGGCCCAGAGCGCCUGGGUCGCCCGCCUCUUCUCGGGCCGCCUGCCCCUGCCCUCCCUCGACACGAUGCAGCAGUGGCUGGACGCUCUUGUCGCCGAGCGCGGCGUCGGCAAGCAGCUGCACAACUUGGCCUUUCCCCGCGACGUGGCAUACAUCAACAACCUGCACGACCGUAGCCUGGCCGCGACGCCCAAUCCGUCGUUGCUGCCAAACAACGGUGUCGGCAGGCAGCCGCCGUACUGGGGACCCGAACAGGCCUGGGCACGCGAGCGUUUCCCCAUGAUCAAGUUGGCGGCGCGGGCGCUGGGCGAGAAACGGCUCGAGGUGCAGACGCUGGAGCAGCUCGGAUUUGACUACAAGGCCUGGGCAGCGUCCACGGAGGCCGAGGCGUCGAAGGACGCGGAAGACGGAAAAGCGGACGCGUCAUGA